UGCUCGCUUUGAUCAAUUGUUCACUUGAUCAUCCUUGCUCUGCUCUUGCAAUCCUACGUCGUUCUCCCUACAUAUCUUUCGAUUCACCUUUUGCCUUGAUUGGCUCCGCUACGCAAAUUACUGCAACUGGAUUCACCCUUGUUCAAUCUUACCCUCGGUCAACUUUUACUCUUUACCCCUUUUCUUCAACUGGCAAACAGACGUCAAGGAUAUCGGUGAGUAAGACGAAGAAUAAUGCUCUCAUCCACUGAAGCAGAGAAGAAAGAAAAUCUGACCCAGCCUCUCUGCCUCCCUUUUCAACAGGUUACGUCCUCAACUACGACUACCCAACCAACACUGAAGACUACGUUCACCAGAUCGGUCGAACAGCCCGAGCCGGCGCCGUGGGUACUGCCAUUACCUUCUUCACCACUGGCGACGCAGGCAAGGCCCGUGAGCUCCUCUCCAUCCUCCGCGAGGCCAACCAGCCCAUUCCUCCCGAGCUCGAGGAGAUGGCUCCUUACGGCGGCCGUGGUGGUCGUUGGUAAGCGCUUCCUAGCGCAGCGCUAGUGGGCGUAGCACAGUCGAGCUCGCCUACAUUAGAGGGAAACGACUCGCU